CCCGCCACGCUGUGAGCAGCCGCCCGGCCCCGCGGCGCCGCCCUGCCCCGCGACCGGACACCAUGUCCAUCCACAUCGUGGCGCUGGGGAACGAGGGGGACGCGUUCCACCAGGACAACCGGCCGUCGGGGCUCAUCCGCACCUACCUGGGGAGGAGCCCGCUGGUCUCGGGGGACGAAAGCAGCUUGUUGCUGAACGCGGCCGGCACGGUCGCGCGGCCCGUGUUCACCGAGUACCAGGCCAGCGCCUUCGGGAACGUCAAGCUCGUGGUCCACGACUGCCCGGUCUGGGAUAUUUUUGACAGUGACUGGUACACCUCUCGUAAUCUCAUUGGAAGUGCCGACAUCAUUGUGAUCAAAUACAACGUCAAUGACAAGUUUUCGUUCCAUGAAGUAAAAGAUAAUUACAUCCCAGUGAUCAAAAGAGCGCUGAAUUCCGUUCCAGUCAUCAUUGCUGCUGUUGGCACCAGACAAAAUGAAGAAUUGCCCUGCACAUGCCCGCUGUGCACCUCAGACCGAGGGAGCUGCGUCAGCACCACCGAAGGCAUCCAGCUGGCCAAGGAGCUAGGCGCCACCUACCUCGAGCUGCACAGCCUCGAUGACUUCUACAUCGGAAAGUACUUCGGGGGAGUGUUGGAGUAUUUUAUGAUUCAAGCCUUGAAUCAGAAGACAAGUGAAAAAAUGAAGAAAAGAAAAAUGAGCAGCUCCUUUCACGGAAUUAGACCACCUCAGCUUGAACAGCCAGAGAAAAUGCCGGUGCUGAAGGCGGAAGCGUCGCACUACAACGCCGACCUGCACAGCCUGCUGCUGUGCUGCCAGUGUGUGGACGUGGUGUUCUUCCACCCGGACCUGCAGGGCGUCGUGGAGGCGCACAAGAUCGUGCUGUGCGCCGUGAGCCACGUCUUCAUGCUGCUCUUCAACGUCAAGAGCCCCACCGACAUCCAGGACGCCAGCAUCGUGCGCACCACGCAGGACCUCUUCGCCAUCAGCCGCGACGCCGCCUUGGCGGGCGCCGGCGCCCAGCCGUCAGGCAACCCGCCGCUGCGCGUUGUCGUGAAGGACGCCCUCUUCUGCGCAUGCCUGGCCGACAUCCUGCGCUUCAUUUACUCAGGUGCUUUCCAGUGGGAACAAUUGGAAGAAGAUAUCAGGAGGAAGUUGAAAGACUCGGGGGAUGUUUCAAAUGUGAUCGAGAAAGUUAAGUGCAUUUUAAAAACACCGGGAAAGAUUAAUUGCCUACGGAACUGCAAAACCUAUCAAGCCAGGAAGCCUCUGUGGUUUUACAACACUUCCCUCAAGUUUUUCCUUAACAAGCCAAUGCUUGCUGAUGUCGUCUUCGAAAUACAAGGUGCGACGGUGCCAGCCCACAGGGCCAUCCUGGUGGCCCGCUGUGAGGUGAUGGCGGCCAUGUUCAAUGGCAACUACAUGGAAGCCAAGAGCGUCCUGAUCCCCGUCUACGGCGUUUCCAAGGAGACUUUCUUGUCGUUUUUAGAAUACCUGUACACAGACUCGUGUUGCCCAGCGGGCAUCUUCCAGGCCAUGUGUCUGCUGAUCUGUGCGGAGAUGUACCAGGUGUCCAGACUGCAGCACAUCUGCGAGCUGUUCAUCGUCACCCAGCUGCAGAGCAUGCCCAGCCGCGAGCUGGCCUCCAUGAACCUCGACAUAGUGGACCUGCUCAGGAAGGCCAAGUUCCACCACUCUGAUUGCCUUUCAACCUGGCUCCUUCAUUUCAUUGCCACUAACUACCUCAUCUUCAGCCAAAAGCCCGAAUUUCAGGACCUUUCAGUGGAAGAGCGCAGUUUUGUGGAAAAGCACAGGUGGCCAUCGAACCUGUACUUGAAGCAGCUCGCGGAAUACAGGAAGUAUAUUCACUCCCGGAAGUGUCGUUGCCUUGUGAUGUAACCCGGAGCUCUGACAGACCCAAACACGCUGGCUUUUAUUACCGUUGUGAGAAGGGGGAAUCCCUCUGGGUUCCAGUGAAACACCAGGACAGGUGAUCCAGGCAAAAGCACACACAGCUUAGUGUGUUUAUCAGUUCUCUGAAGAAAACGGACGAUUGUGAUCUAAAAGGGAAUGAGCUGUGUAUAAGGUAGACACGACCAAGGCUUCCCCAGCAUAGAAAGCUGUGUCCAGCUCUCUUUUUCCCUCCCAGUUAAGAAUUCUUUAACUGCUCCCCUCCCAGUUAAGAAUUCUUCAAAUCUCUUAAAAAUGUCACAUAGGGUCAAUACAAAAAUCGCAUCGUAUCUGAUUAACUGCUCCAGUGAACUAAGGAUCAUUGCAAGGCCCAGUGUAACUACUGCUGUUGAAAUCCAAAGCUCAUCAGCCGACAGGAGGUUUCAGGGUAGAAAUCUGCCCGACGUUUGGAACGUGAAAUGCUACGUGGCCCCAAUCAGUGUGUGAGUAAUCAUGAAAACGAUUCUGUUUUUCACCCAGACAAUCCAGCUGAGUCACCCGGGUCCUCCCUGGGACUGUGACGAGGCAGGAACCCGACACAGGGCUGGCUUCGUCCGUGUGCAGCCCGAGGGGCCACCCAGGGCCCCGCACUGCUGCAGCUCUUCGCCCUGGGCACCUGGGCAUUUUCAUGUUUGAAGCAGGCCCCUUGUUUUCACUCCGUUCUGUGUAUUUCCUGCCAUGUUUUCUUGCUCAGAGAUUGUUCUCCCUGGAAGUAGGAAGGUGGGGCUGAGAUGACGGGGCGAGGGCAGACGUGCCGCGGACUCUCCCUUCCCCGGCCGACUGUGUCCCCGAGGGCCUCCACCGCUACCAGGGGCAAGUGAGGACCGUGUCGUGUUGUCUUACCUUUGAAACCUCACGGCCCUGCUGCGUCGCUGGUGGGCAAACGCCUCCCUGAUCGUUCUGUAAGACCAGAGUGACUGACAGCUCGCCGUCCGCAGACUGCUAUAAAGAUGCCUGCUAGAGAAUUUGCCGUGGAAGGCUCAAGACUUUUUUUUAAAGGAUAUUUGCCCAAGAUUAGGAAGUGAGUGGCUUGAAUUGUUUGAAUUGUUUCCGAGGAUCGAAAAGUUAAUAAGGAGUACUGUGGUCUGGUCUUGCAAGAUGACACAGUAAGUUUAAAGAGAGGCUAUAGAUCAAAGACGUCGAGAGAAUGGCAGUGGGCAGAGGGUGAAUUCUGGUUUCUCUUGAAUCCCAUGUAUUCAAAAGCUAAUGGAGGUGGGAAACAGGUUAUUCUUUGUUGUUACAUUGUUUUCAUCUGUAACUCUGUAUGGGAAUGUGUCUGUAAUUCCCAGUGACUUUAGGAUACAUAGAGGUUUCUCAGCUUUUCACAGGAUUGGUUACAAGUUUUAUCCUGUGGUACUAGGAUCCCAUACAGUUCGUUAGCCCUUGUAUGUAAGCAAACAGUGUAGGGGUGAAACAGCCACAAAGAGUUCCCCAGAGAUGUAUUCCAAGAAACCUGACUAUAGGCGGGCUGUGUCCCAUGAGGAGAGUGCUGGGAUGCGUGUUGCUUUUUUGUAUUUUAGUCACUUGAGUUAAUCAGCUAUUGGUAAUUCCCGUUGGCACGAAUCAGUCUUGUGAAGGAGAGAUCCUGUAGUGGAUUUCCAGAAUUCUGUUCCCAUUUGAGAAGUUUCCAAAUGCAAGGAUGGCCUUUUGUUCUUCAUAGCAUCUAUCUUACCCAGUGCCGUCUAAAUGACAGCAUUUAGAAUUCUCCACCAGUACCUUCUAAUCUAAGGAAUGGAAGUUGCAAAGCAAAACGUUUUCCUGAAGACGGUACCUGUCAUUCAGACACUGUAGGCAUUCUGGCCACAGUGGGUGCUGAGCGUGUGGUUUUAUGAUGCAUGGUCCUUGCCAGCUGUGUGAGUGCCUCCACCGCCCAGCUGGGCAGACCGCGCACGGCCAUUUGGAUGGACGUUCCCCGGUACCUUUGAAAACUCAAUUUACGAUAACCGAUAACAAAUUUAAGAAUUAUUUACGGACUAUUAUAGAGAAAUGAAUGCUGGUUUUGAGGUUGGUUUUUUUUUUUUUUUUUUUUUUUUUUUUUUUUUUUGAUGGAAACAUGACUUCUUAAUGGAUGUCUGCUUUGGGCUGGUUUCUGCUUUGAUAUGUUUUCCAAUCAUUUUCGUUAGAGAAGAGAUUGGUAGAAUGGAGGCCUUUUCCUUCUGGGCCAGCUUUCCCUGCUUAACUCUUCUACACGUCUGGCUACUCCACGUUCCUAUCCCAGGAGACUCGACUUGUAAUCUGAAACUUCCAGUAUCAUAACUGGAAUUAGCUCUGCCCAAGCCAGCAUAAUGGCUUCACACAGAUAACAGCAGAAGACUCAAGAAUUGGAUAAAUUCGACUUCCAAGACAGCUAAGUGCAACGGUAAUUUUAGACACUACGCUACACUGACACAGCUAACUAGACAAAAAUGUCCUCAAAGAGUCCUUUAUUUUAUUUAAAGCAUCUGUUUAAUUCAACCUUUAAUAAUUUUGCAAAGAAGGGUAUGUGUGUAUUUUAAUAUAGCCUGACCCAAAUUUGUAUGUUUUUAGCUUUUAGUAUUUAACAUUUUGUAACAAAUAAACUUUUCUUAAAACAA